AUGCCGGACGAGCUGACGGAGCCCGGGCGCACCACGCCGGCCCGCGCUUCAUCCUUCCUCAUCGAGAAUCUGCUAGCGGCUGAGGCCAAGGGCACUGGGCGCGUGGACGAAGAGGGCGAAGACGACGACCCGGAGGACAAGGCGCGGCGGCGACGGCUGCAGCGGCGGAGACAGCUGCGCUCCGGGCCAGGCGGAGAGGCGCGGGCCCGGGCACUGCUCGGCCCUGGGGCUCUGGGCCUUGGGCCCCGGCCUCCGCCCGGCCCUGGGCCACCCUUCGCUCUGGGGGGCGGCGGCGUGCAGCGCUGGUUCCCGCGAGCUCACGGAGGCUACGGAGGUGGCUUAAGUACUGACACGAGCGACCGGGACUCUCCGGAGACGGGAGAGGAAAUGGGCCGCGCGGAAGACGCCUGGCAGCGGGGUCCCGGACCAGGAACACUGCAUCAAGAGGCGGCAGAGCUGGCGGCGCGGGGUCAGGCGGCCGGCGCGGAGGAGGCGGUAGUGGCGGAGCUGGCCGAAGCCCCCGCGGCGACGGCAGAGGCACGCGGCGUGGGCGGCGGUGGCCGCAAGAAGAAGACGCGCACAGUCUUCUCCCGCAGCCAGGUCUUCCAGCUUGAGUCCACUUUCGACCUGAAGCGCUAUCUGAGCAGCGCCGAGCGCGCGGGCCUGGCCGCCUCGCUGCAGCUAACCGAAACGCAGGUGAAGAUCUGGUUCCAGAACCGUCGCAACAAGUGGAAGCGGCAGCUAGCGGCAGAGCUGGAAGCAGCCAGCCUGUCCCCGCCGGGCGCGCAGCGUUUGGUCCGCGUGCCGGUGCUGUAUCACGAGAGUCCCCCAGCCACUGCCGCCGCCGGAGGGCCGCCUACAGCGCUGCCCUUCUCGCUCGGCCCUGCAGCUCCCGCGCCGCCCCCGCCGCUGCUCGGCUUUUCAGGGGCCCUUGCCUACCCACUGGCUGCCUUUCCGGCCGCCGCCUCCGUGCCCUUCCUGCGGGCGCAGAUGCCCGGCCUGGUGUGA